UUGAAUUAGAAGUUUCAGGGAAGGGUCCGCCUCAGGAUCAUGACAGCACAAAUCAGCAAAGACUGAGGGAAAAACUCAGGUGACACGCGGGUACUUGUAAUAUAAAGAGGCACCUUUUAUCAGAUCAUUGGAAGCAUAGAAAGAAACAGAGAUGAAAAUAAAUGUAAUUUGCAAAUGAGCUGGGGGACGCACCACAUCAAGUAGUUAGGGAGUUGUAACGCCCUGGGACGAGAAGUGUUUCGAAAAAUCCAGCUCGAAACAUCAACCGAGGGACUUUUAAGGAAGCAUCAUGCCUCGUUCACAACUUUUAAUUAUUCUCAUGUGUUGUCUUCCUUUGGCAGCCUGUUUGCGCUGUUACACCUGUAUGUUUCCAUCCAUCUCUCCUCUGGACUGCUUAAAGUUUCCCGUGGAGUGUCCAGCUGGCCAGCGCUGCCUCUCCAGCGUAGCAUCAGGAAGACGAGGCCCACUACAGCUGACGUUGUACGAAAAAAGCUGCGCAGUUGCCUCCCAGUGUGACGUGAGUGGAGAGAAAUACACGUCAGGGGUCUCCUUCAACUACACCAACGUGUGCUGCGAUACCGACCUGUGCAACAGUGCCGUGUCCGUUACUGCCCCAAGCUGGGUGGGAGUGAUGCUCUGCCUGCUGCCUGCUCUCGGGCUCCUGCUGGCCUGAGCAGCAGACGUGACGAUGCGGUCUUAUCCUCGAUAAAAAAUUUUUAAAAAUGAAACAUCUGACACCGACUGAUUUAAUAUGAAGAUAUUUUAUUGGGACAUUAAUAAACCCUACUUCGUAAGAUGUUUAAAGUACAAAAUACAUUUCAGCUGUGCUAGUAGUUUGCCUUGAUCGAUGAUUUAAGCCUGCUGAUUGUGUGUCCACACUUUUACUUUUGAUCCUGUGUACUUUGAAGUUUAGAUGUUUUUGACUACAUGAUGGCAAAAAGAGUGGAAAAAAAGACAAUAAAAGGCUAAAAUAUUAAAAGAUGGUUAAGAAAUAAA